UGGUCCCCUUCGCUUAUAGUUUUCCCCGAUAUUCCGCGAGGGAUUUUCUGGCGCGUCGUUCUGCCACCUCGACCGAGUCCGUGUCACAUCACAUCACAUCACAGAUCGCGUGCUCCGUCCUCCGCGAGACGCCAACGCCAGUUCGGCAUAUUAAUAAACAAACGCGAAAACGUUCCAUCCUCCUCAUCUUCGACGUUGUCAACGCUCCACCGCCUCCGAACAACUAUCGGCGAUUGAUCACCCGCCGAAUAGGACGACUGCACACAUGACGAGGUUUCUAUGAUGUCGGGUGGCGACGGUGGCACUGCAGGAAUAGUCGCUAACAACAGGACGACCACGAUACCCAGUAUAAAACAGGAAGUUGAAAAUCCUACAACGCCGUCGCAGAAUUACCACCAAGUUUGUUCGCCCACCACGACCCUCCACCACCAAGAUGUGGUAUGCGGUCAGGUGGACAUUCCUGAUUACGGGGGCGGAGGAGGGAGUCCUGGAAGUCCCGAAAGGCAUCACUGCUCGUCGACAACGCAACCAAUGGGAAUGGCGGAGGGCGGUAUCAAAGAGGAGGACAUGCUCCCCAGGAGACUGUGUCUGGUUUGCGGAGACGUCGCCAGCGGCUUUCACUACGGCGUCGCAUCCUGCGAGGCUUGCAAAGCGUUCUUUAAACGAACGAUACAAGGUAGGCUACAAGGCAAUAUCGAGUACACUUGUCCCGCGAACGGUGAAUGCGAGAUAAAUAAGAGAAGACGAAAAGCCUGUCAGGCUUGCAGAUUCCAAAAAUGUCUGAGGCAAGGAAUGCUCAAGGAAGGUGUCAGGCUCGACAGAGUUCGGGGUGGUCGACAAAAGUACCGGAGAUCUACGGAGCCUUACGCCAUGAUGGCCAGCAUCAAACUCGAAGAUAACAAAAUGGUCGAGGCUUUGAUAUCCUGCGAACCGGACAUGCUUCAGGCCUCGAGUCCUUCGCUUACUUUGGAUACGGAUCAGCGAGUGCUCGGACAACUUUCUGAUCUUUACGACAGAGAGUUAGUCGGUAUUAUAGGAUGGGCCAAGCAGAUACCCGGCUUCAGCGGACUCGCCUUGAACGAUCAAAUGCGCCUGCUCCAGAGUACUUGGGCAGAAAUUCUCACCUUUAGUUUGGCAUGGAGAAGCGUGCCUAACAGUGGCAAGCUUAGAUUUGCCCAGGAUUUUACCCUGGAUGAAAAAAUUGCCCGUGAAUGUCACUGCGUUGAACUUUACUCCCAUUGUAUACAGAUAGUGGAACGAUUACAACGACUAAGCUUGUCGAGGGAAGAAUUUUACGUACUAAAAGCAUUGGUGCUUGUGAACAGCGACGCAAGAUUGGACGAGCCUCAGUCUUUGGUUCGUUUUCGAGAUGUGAUACUGAAUUCCCUGUCCGACUGCGUUGCCGCAGUGCGACCAGGUCAGGGUAUACGAUCAACGCAGAGUAUGUUCCUAGUCCUGCCGAGUCUCAGGCAAGCCGACGGUAUUGUUAGAAAAUUUUGGACCAGUGUUUAUAGGACUGGUAAAGUACCGAUGAACAAAUUGUUCGUAGAAAUGUUGGAGGCUGCUUGUUAUCGAUGAAGUAGAGGAGAAAGGAAAGAAAAUUGUUCGUUUCUUAUCUUUGCCAAACUCUUUCUUUUUUUUUUUUUUUUUCCUUUUUUUCAUAUCAAUGGUUUUCUCCUCCUCGACAACAUUUUUCUCCACUUUUUGUUCAUACUACGCAAAUACCUGUUUUUAUCAUUAUUAUUAUUAAUAUUACUAUUAUUACUACUACUACUACUACUACUACUACUAAUAUAUUGUUUUAUGUAUAUUAUUGUUAUUAUAAUUGUUAUUAUAGUAAGGAUUUACCACUUUGUAAUUUCACAUCACACACACGGCUGCGGCUCCCUAUUAUUUAUUUAUUUGUUAUAUCGUUACCCUUUGAAUUCAAAGUAUCUAGAUUUUACUUUUGCAAUUCGUUUUUUUCACACACACACACACACACUCUUUCUCUCUCUCUCUCUCUCUUUUCUCUCUCUUUUCUCUCUCUUUCUCUCUCUGUAUAUAACUAUUUGUCUACGAUUACCGUAUGUAAGAAGCUUUUAAAGAGAAACAUUGGAGAGACAGAGAAAGAAGGAGAAAAAAAAGCAAGAAACGUAACGAAACUCGUCAUUUUUCGUUCAAACGUUUUGUUAUUGUUUUCUUUUUUUUUUUUCUUCUCCGAUGAAAGAAACGUGACGUUCUUACCUAAUUGCAUAAAUUUUCACAGCGAACUUUCGCCUGCGAAUUACCUAUUCUUUUGUGUCCCAGUGCUAUUUGCAAAGUAAAUAUAGUCUUACCUCAAAGAAUGAUAAAAGAGAACCAAAACCAUGAAAAGAUAUAUAUUAAAAACACAUAAAUAAAUAAAUAAAUAAAGUAAAAAAAAAAAAGUAAUCCGGUGUUAACGUAGUGGAGAAAAGGCGAUCGAUG